CAGUCUGUCCGUGCCGCAGCCCCGCCCCGCGCGCCCCGCCCCCGGCCCCGCCCGAUCCCGCGGCCUGUGCUUCAGCCGUGGUCCCUCCCGUCCUGCGGCCCCAUCCCGGGUCCCAGCCCGUACCUCGACCCCGCCCCCUCAGCGCGCAUCCCCGUCUUCCACGCCCUGGAUGGGGUGACAGGAACCUAGGGUCCGGGCUGGGAGGAGGCGGGGCUGGUCUAGGAAGGGACCCGCGCCACCUAAGUGGCCCCUGCAGGGGCCUCCUGAGGCUCCUGGCUCUUUCCCCAGCCCCCAUCCCAGCAUCUUCUUCGGCAUCCUUCUGCCAGCCCUCAGCCCUCCCCGGCGGAGCCCCCUCCUCCUCCCCACAGCCCGUUUCUCAUUCCUGAGCCCCACCCCCCACCCGCUCCAUCCCCAGCCUGACCCUUUUCUUCUUCUCCCUCAUUUUCACCCCAUCCCGGUUCCUCUCAAUCCCCCCCGCCCCGCAUCAGUCUGAGCCUUUGCCUCGUCUCUCCAGCCACUUCCUCCUUACUCCACCCCAACAGGCCAGCACUGUACCUCCCUUGAUCCUCGGGUCUGCUCCAUCUCCUUGUCCUCAUCCCCCUCCCCCACCAUUUCCCUCUCCCACCAUUUCCGUCUCCCACCAUGCUGCUCCCGCUCAUUCAUCCAUUCAUUCCCUCACUUAGCAGACAUUCACUGAGACUGCCUCUGUGGAGGCCCCAUGCUCCAGGCACAGAGAGAGUCAGCUCCCAUCCUCCCUUGGGGAACCUCAUGGGCUGGAGGGGGACAGACCCUGAGGGUGAGACCCUGAGGGUGACUCGGGGUUGCAGGGACAUGGAGGAGGGAAAUGCUACAGCCCAGUGUGGUGAAUUUGUCGGGCAGCUGGUUAAUUUAUUCAUCAGAAUUUACCCAGCCCCUGCUGCGCGACUGGGCUGGCACUGGGGACCCAGAAAAGAAUCAGGAACAAUCCUGUCUGAACACCAACUCCAUGCCCAGCUCUAUGCUGGGGAGCUCAGUCUGGGGCCCUCCUUCUGGGAGGCCGGUCAUAGUCCAAUGAGAGAGAUGAACUUGUCACCACCAGUGCCAUCUCAGAGUGAUCAGAGCUGUGAAGGGAGAAGCUCUGGUCGAGACAUGGUACCUGGGAUGGGGGAACCUCAGGGGAUGGAGAGAGUCCAGAAGAGAUGCCAGGCCCAGCCUGAAGGGUCAGGGAGAACUUCCUGGAGGAGGGCACAUACCAGAGAAUUCAGACUUCAUCUUGAAGACAACAUGGAGUCAUUGAAGGCCCAGGAUCUAUGGAGAAACAGAGCCAGAUUUGUGUUUUCUGAAAACGAUCCAGGCUAUUGCGGAAAAGCUGGCAGGAGGGGAGAGGCUGGAAGCAGGAAGGCUGAUGAGAUGGGAGCUGUGAUUGUCCAGACAGUGGCACGCAGCACUGACAGCCUGGAUGGCCCAGGGGAGGGCUCGGUGCAGCCUCUACCCACCGCUGGGGGGCCCAGUGUGAAGGGGAAGCCUGGGAAGAGGCUCUCAGCUCCUCGAGGCCCCUUCCCGCGGCUGGCUGACUGCGCCCAUUUCCACUACGAGAACGUCGACUUUGGCCACAUUCAGCUCCUGCUGUCUCCAGACCGUGAAGGGCCCAGCCUCUCUGGAGAGAAUGAGCUGGUGUUCGGGGUGCAGGUGACCUGUCAGGGCCGUUCCUGGCCGGUUCUCCGGAGUUACGAUGACUUUCGUUCCCUGGAUGCCCACCUCCACCGGUGCAUAUUUGACCGGAGGUUCUCCUGCCUUCCGGAGCUUCCCCCGCCCCCUGAGGGUGCCAGGGCUGCUCAGAUGCUGGUGCCACUGCUGCUGCAGUACCUGGAGACCCUGUCAGGACUGGUGGACAGUAACCUCAACUGCGGGCCUGUGCUCACCUGGAUGGAGCUGGACAAUCACGGCCGGCGACUGCUCCUCAGUGAGGAGGCGUCGCUCAAUAUCCCUGCAGUGGCGGCCGCCCACGUGAUCAAACGGUACACAGCCCAGGCGCCAGAUGAGCUGUCCUUUGAGGUGGGAGACAUUGUCUCGGUGAUCGACAUGCCGCCCACGGAGGAUCGGAGCUGGUGGCGGGGCAAGCGAGGCUUCCAGGUCGGGUUCUUCCCCAGUGAGUGUGUGGAACUCUUCACGGAGCGGCCAGGUCCGGGCCUGAAGGCGGCAGAUGCCGAUGGCCCCCCAUGUGGCAUCCCGGCUCCCCAGGGUAUCUCGUCUCUGACCUCAGCUGUGCCACGGCCUCGUGGGAAGCUGGCCGGCCUGCUCCGCACCUUCAUGCGCUCCCGCCCUUCUCGGCAGCGGCUGCGGCAGCGGGGAAUCCUGCGACAGAGGGUGUUUGGCUGUGAUCUUGGCGAGCACCUCAGCAACUCAGGCCAGGAUGUGCCCCAGGUGCUGCGCUGCUGCUCUGAGUUCAUUGAGGCCCACGGGGUGGUGGAUGGGAUCUACCGGCUCUCAGGCGUGUCUUCCAACAUCCAGAGGCUUCGGCAUGAGUUUGACAGCGAGAGGAUCCCGGAGCUGUCUGGCCCUGCCUUCCUGCAGGACAUCCACAGCGUGUCCUCCCUCUGCAAGCUCUACUUCCGAGAGCUUCCAAACCCUCUGCUCACCUACCAGCUCUAUGGGAAGUUCAGUGAGGCCAUGUCAGUGCCUGGGGAGGAGGAGCGUCUGGUGCGGGUGCACGAUGUCAUCCAGCAGCUGCCCCCGCCACAUUACAGGACGCUGGAGUACCUGCUGAGGCACCUGGCCCGCAUGGCGAGACACAGUGCCAACACCAGCAUGCAUGCCCGCAACCUGGCCAUUGUCUGGGCACCCAACCUGCUACGGUCCAUGGAGCUGGAGUCAGUGGGAAUGGGUGGCGCGGCGGCGUUCCGGGAAGUUCGGGUGCAGUCGGUGGUGGUGGAGUUUCUGCUCACCCAUGUGGACGUCCUGUUCAGCGACACCUUCACCUCCGCCGGCCUCGACCCUGCAGGCCGCUGCCUGCUCCCCAGGCCCAAGUCCCUUGCGGGCAGCUGCCCCUCCACCCGCCUGCUGACGCUGGAGGAAGCCCAGGCACGCACCCAGGGCCGGCUGGGGACGCCCACGGAGCUCACAACUCCCAAGGCCCCGGCCUCACCUGCGGAAAGACGGCCUCCUGUUUCUCCCCCAAACCGCAGGAGGAAAGGGGAGAGAGGGGAGAAACAGCGGAAGCCAGGGGGCAGCAGCUGGAAGACGUUCUUUGCACUGGGCCGGGGCCCCAGUGUCCCUCGAAAGAAGCCCCUGCCCUGGCUGGGGGGCACCCGUGCCCCACCGCAGCCUUCAGGCAGCAGACCCGACACCGUCACACUGAGAUCUGCCAAGAGCGAGGAGUCUCUGUCAUCGCAGGCCAGCGGGGCUGGCCUCCAGAGGCUGCACAGGCUGCGGCGACCCCACUCCAGCAGCGACGCUUUCCCUGUGGGCCCAGCACCUGCUGGCUCCUGCGAGAGCCUGUCCUCAUCCUCCUCCUCCGAGUCCUCCUCCUCCGAGUCCUCCUCUUCAUCCUCUGAGUCCUCAGCAGCUGGGCUGGGGGCACUCUCUGGGUCUCCCUCACACCGCACCUCAGCCUGGCUAGAUGAUGGUGAUGAGCUGGACUUCAGCCCACCCCGCUGCCUGGAGGGACUCCGGGGGCUGGACUUUGAUCCCUUAACCUUCCGCUGCAGCAGCCCCACCCCAGGGGAUCCCGCACCUCCCGCCAGCCCAGCACCCCCCGCCCCUGCCUCUGCCUUCCCACCCAGGGUGACCCCCCAGGCCAUCUCGCCCCGAGGGCCCACCAGCCCCGCCUCGCCUGCUGCCCUAGAUAUCUCAGAGCCCCUGGCUGUAUCAGUGCCACCCGCUGUCCUAGAACUGCUGGGGGCUGGGGGAGCACCUGCCUCAGCCACCCCAACACCAGCUCUCAGCCCCGGCCGGAGCCUGCGCCCCCAUCUCAUACCCCUGCUGCUGCGUGGAGCCGAGGCCCCGCUGACUGACACCUGCCAGCAGGAGAUGUGUAGCAAGCUCCGGGGAGCCCAGGGCCCACUCGGUCCUGAUAUGGAGUCACCACUGCCACCCCCUCCCCUGUCUCUCCUGCGCCCUGGGGGUGCCCCACCCCCGCCCCCUAAGAACCCAGCACGCCUCAUGGCCCUGGCCCUGGCUGAGCGGGCUCAGCAGGUGGCCGAGCAACAGAGCCAGCAGGAGUGCGGGGGCACCCCACCUGCUCCCCCAUCCCCCUUCCACCGCUCGCUGUCUCUGGAGGUGGGCGGGGAGCCCCUGGGGACCUCAGGGAGUGGGCCACCUCCCAACUCCCUAGCCCACCCGGGUGCCUGGGUCCCAGGACCCCCACCCUACUUACCAAGGCAACAAAGUGAUGGGAGCCUGCUGAGGAGCCAGCGGCCCAUGGGGACCUCAAGGAGGGGACUCCGAGGCCCUGCCCAGGUCAGUGCCCAGCUCAGGGCAGGUUGGGGGGGCAGGGAUGCGCCAGAGGCAGCAGCCCAGUCGCCAUGUUCUGUCCCCUCACAGGUUCCUACCCCCGGCUUCUUCUCCCAAGCCCCCAGGGAGUGCCUGCCACCCUUCCUUGGGGUCCCCAAGCCAGGCUUGUACCCCCUGGGACCCCCAUCCUUCCAGCCCAGUUCCCCAGCCCCGGUCUGGAGGAGCUCCCUGGGCCCCCCUGCACCACUCGACAGGGGAGAGAACCUGUACUAUGAGAUCGGGGCAAGCGAGGGGUCCCCCUAUUCUGGCCCCACCCGCUCCUGGAGUCCCUUUCGCUCCAUGCCCCCCGACAGGCUCAAUGCCUCCUACGGCGUGCUUGGCCAAUCGCCCCCACUCCACAGGUCCCCCGACUUCCUGCUCAGCUACCCGCCAGCCCCCUCCUGCUUUCCCCCUGACCACCUUGGCUACUCAGCCCCCCAGCACCCUGCUCGGCGCCCCACACCGCCUGAGCCCCUCUACGUCAACCUAGCCCUAGGGCCCAGGGGUCCCUCGCCUGCCUCUUCCUCCUCCUCUUCCCCUCCUGCCCACCCCCGAAGCCGUUCAGAUCCCGGUCCCCCAGUCCCCCGCCUUCCCCAGAAACAACGGGCACCCUGGGGCCCCCGUACCCCUCAUAGGGUGCCGGGUCCUUGGGGCCCUCCUGAGCCUCUCCUGCUCUACAGGGCAGCCCCGCCAGCCUACGGAAGGGGGGGCGAGCUCCACCGAGGGUCCUUGUACAGAAAUGGAGGGCAAAGAGGGGAGGGGGCUGGUCCCCCACCCCCUUACCCCACUCCCAGCUGGUCCCUCCACUCUGAGGGCCAGACCCGAAGCUACUGCUGAGCACCAGCUGGGAGGGGCCGUCCUUCCUUCCCUUCACCCUCACUGGAUCUUGGCCCAGCCAAAUCCCUUGUUUUGUAUUUUCUUGAACCCUGACCACUACCCCAGGUUUCUAACUUUGUAACUUGCUUCUGAUGUGGGUCCCUAACCUAUAAUCUCAGCUUCCCUACCCUGGACUGAAGGGUCUGCCCAUCCCCCCACCACCCUCUAUCCUGGGGGCCCUCGCACAAAUCUGGGGUGGGGGGGGGCUAGGCUGACCCCAUCCUCCUCUCCCUCCAGGAGUCCCCAGCAUGUCCUGACCUGUGCACGGGGAUGGGGGGACAACUCCUACCCUUCUUUCCCCACAUCCCCCACUAAACCAUCUGACAACAUUAAUGAAUAAAAUGGUGAAAAUGUG